CAUCUCACAAAGCAAAGAGCAAAAGAUUCCAAAACAGAAUCCCAUCCCUCCUCCCUCUUCACUCGAGCAAAUCACCACCUCAAACUUGACGAAUACACACACAACACUCACUCUCUCUCCACCGCCGUCGCCGCGGCCGCCUCACAUGACCCAAACCCCUCCCAACGACGAAUCACGCCCCACCCGCACCGGCAUGAGGCUCAUUGUCCCGCUGCAGGGCGUCGUCCAAGGCCGCGGCGGCAUCCUCCUCGGCUCCCUCAUCCCUUGCGCCCUCUUCUACUUCCUCCAAUUUUACCUCAAGCGCAACCGCUCCCCUCCCCCGCUAAACCCCCCUCCCUCCCGCUCCGCCUCCUCCGCCAACCUCUCCGACCUCCCCCGUUCCUCCUCCCGCGGCGCCUCCGUGGGCCGCGUCCAGCUCUCUGCCAGGGCCAAUCACGUCGCCAAGGCGGACGAAUCUCCCUACUACAUUGGCUUGGAUCGCGUGAGGGAGGACGCCUAUGAUGAACUCACCAAUCCCGACGGCGUUAUCCAGCUCGGCCUCGCCGAAAAUAGGUUGUCAGUGGAUUUGAUUGAGGAGCGGCUUUCGAAGAAUUUGAUGUCCGGAGCAGGCGGCCCUCCGCGGCUGAGGGGAAUCGCCACGUACCAGCCCUUCGAUGGAUUGUUGGAGUUCAAAAUGGCAAUGGCUGAUUUUAUGACUGAAGCAAUGGGAAACGAAGUAUCUUUCGAUCCUUUAAAGAUGGUUUUAACUUCUGGUGGGACUCCUGCACUUGAGAUACUAAGUUUCUGUCUAGCUGAUCCCGGAAAUGCAUUCCUUGUCCCCGCACCAUAUUAUCCCGGAUUCGAUAGGGACCUGAAAUGGCGAACAGGGGUCGAACUAAUUCCUGUUCACUGUCGUAGUUGUGAUAAUUUCACAUUAAGCAUCACGGCUCUUGAACAAGCAUUUAACCAGGCAAGGAAGCGAGGUCAAAAAGUCCGUGGAAUUCUCAUAUCAAAUCCAUCCAACCCUGUUGGGAACAUGCUGAAUCCUUACGACAUCUUAGAUUUCGCUAGAGAGAGGAACAUACAUAUCAUAUCAGAUGAAAUCUUUACUGGCUCUACGUACGGGAAUGAAAAGUUUGUGAGCAUGGCUGAGAUAGUCGACUCAGAAGACCCUUUCAAGGACAGGGUUCAUAUUGUGUACGGACUUUCCAAAGAUCUCUGCAUCCCGGGUUUUAGAGUAGGGGUUAUAUAUUCCUUCAAUGAAAAUGUUCUAAAAGCGUCCAAGAAAUUAACCAGAUUUUCAUCAGUUUCUACUCCAACACAGCAGAUUCUGGCACCGAUGCUCUCAGAUAAAAGGUUCAUCCAGGAAUACAUCAAUACGAACAGGCAAAGGAUACGGUCCAUGUAUGAUUUAGUCGUUUCGGGUUUGAAAGAGCUGGGACUAGUGUGCGCGGAAAGCAGUGGUGGCUUAUAUUGCUGGGUUGAUAUGAGCAAAUUAAUCAGUCCUUAUAACGAGAAAGGGGAGCUUGAUCUGUGGGAUAAGCUCUUAAAUACAGCCAAGAUCAACGUUACACCCGGGUCGGCUUGUCACUGUAUCGAGCCAGGAUGGUUCAGAUUUUGUUUUACGACGUUAAAAGUAAACGAGGUUCCUUUAGUCAUGGAACGUAUACGUAAAGUUGUUGAGAUAUGUAAACCUUCUGUAUAAAACUUAUGCUAUUGUUUUCUAAUUGGCCAGAUUUAGCCAUAGUUGAAUGCAGGAGCUACCUUCUUUGGGAGUAA